AUGGUUUCUUAUCUUAUCGGCCUUGUGCUAUCAUAUGUCCUUGCCGUCCACCCUAUCUCCAAGUCGCCGCCGUCCGCCCUACCUCCAGGUCGCCGCCGUCCGCCCUACCUCAAGGUCGCUGCCGUCCGCCCUACCUCCAAGUCGCUGCCGUCCGCCCUACCUCCAAGUCGCUGCCGUCCGCCCUACCUCCAAGUCGCUGCCGUCCGCCAUACCUCCAGGUCGCUGCCGUCCGCCCUACCUCCAGGUCGCUGCCGUCCGCCCUACCUCCAGGUCGCUGCCGUCCGCCCUACCUCCAGGUCGCUGCCGUCCGCCCUACCUCCAGGUCGCUGCCGUCCGCCCUACCUCCAGGUCGCUGCCGUCCGCCCUACCUCCAGGUCGUUGCCGUCCGCCUUACCUCCAGGUCGCUGCCGUCUGCCCUACCUCCAGGUCGCUGCCGUCCGCCCUACCUCCAGGUCGCUGCCGUCCGCCCUACCUCCAGGUCGCUGCCGUCCGCCCUACCUCCAGGUCGCCGCCGUCUGCCUUACCUCCAGGUCGCCGCCGUCCGCCCUACCUCCAGGUCGCUGCCGUUCGCCCUACCUCCAGGUCGCUGCAGUCCGCCCUACCUCCAGGUCACUGUCCGCCCUUCCUCCAGGUCGCUGCCGUCCGCCGUACCUCCAGGUCGCUGCCGUCCGCCGUACCUCCAGGUCACCGCCGUCUGCACUACCUCCAGGUCGCUGCCGUCCACCCUACCUCCAGGUCGCCGCCGUCCGCCCUACCUCCAGGUCGCCGCCGUCCGCACUACCUCCAGGUGACCGCCGUCUGCCCUACCUCCGGGUCGCUGCAGUCCGCCCUACCUCCGGGUCGCUGCAGUCCGCCCUACCUCCAGGUCACUGUCCGCCCUUCCUCCAGGUCGUUACCGUCCGCCCUAUCUCCAGGUCGCUGCCGUCCGCCCUACCACCAGUUCACUGCAUUCAGCCCUACCUCCAGGUCACUGCAGUUAGCCCUAUCUCCAGGUCACUGCAGUUAGCCCUACCUCCAGGUCACUGCAGUUAG